UGCGCGCUCGCGCCCCGCCGACCCCGCGCGCAGUUCUCGGGGCGCAGGGCGGGGAGGCAUAAAGGGCGCUGCGCUGCGGGGCGGGCUGCGCGCGCGGGAGGCUGACGGGGCAGCGGCACCCGCGAGCCGGCACCGGGCGGGGCCAUCGCAGCCGCGCGCAACGAGGCCGAGCGGGAGCCCGGACCGCGCGGGACCAGACUGUUCUGCGAUGACCACAGCCAGGUACCGGCCCACCUGGGACCUGGCCCUCGACCCGCUGGUGUCCUGCAAGCUGUGCCUUGGGGAGUACCCAGCAGAGCAGAUGACAACCAUCGCCCAGUGCCAGUGUGUCUUCUGUACCCUGUGCCUGAAACAGUAUGUUGAGCUCUUAAUCAAAGAAGGCCUAGAAACUUCGAUUAGCUGCCCAGAUGCUGCAUGCCCAAAACAGGGCCACCUUCAGGAGAAUGAGAUUGAGUGUAUGGUUGCAGCUGAAAUUAUGCAAAGAUAUAAAAAGCUACAAUUUGAAAGAGAGGUGCUUUUUGACCCUUGCCGGACGUGGUGCCCAGCAUCCACCUGCCAAGCCGUGUGCCAACUCCAGGACAUAGGGAUUCAGACCCCCCAGCUGGUGCAGUGCAAAGCUUGCGACAUGGAAUUCUGCUCUGCUUGCAAAGCCCGCUGGCACCCUGGCCAAGGCUGCCCUGAUACCAUGCCAAUCACCUUCCUUCCUGGGGAGACCAGCUCUGCUUUCAAGAUGGAGGAGGGUGAUGCGCCCAUCAAGCGCUGCCCCAAGUGCAGGGUGUACAUCGAGCGGGAUGAGGGCUGUGCACAGAUGAUGUGUAAGAACUGCAAGCAUGCCUUCUGCUGGUACUGCCUGGAGUCUCUGGAUGAUGACUUCCUCCUGAUACAUUAUGACAAGGGGCCUUGUCGCAACAAGUUGGGCCACUCCCGGGCAUCAGUGAUCUGGCAUCGGACACAGGUGGUGGGAAUUUUUGCUGGAUUUGGGCUCCCUGCUCUUAGUGGCCCCCCUUUCUUGCUCCUGGCCACACCCUUUGUCCUUUGCUGCAAAUGUAAGUGCAGUAAAGGGGACGAUGACCCACUGCCCACCUAGAGGACUGCGUGAUGCUGGAACAGACGCUGCCUCGGGACAUGUGGUUCCCCUACCCCUCACCAACCCCUUUAUCACUAAGCAUGUUUCUUGCCUUAUGUGCCCCAUUGAGCUGCAGAGAUUUCAGGGAUGACCUUGGCAAGUGGGCAGAGGCUUUGGGUGUGGCCUCCGGGGUGUGGGGGAGGCAGAGUGCAAGUGGGUGGGGCUCAUCCCAGAGUCCUUCUGUGUCUGCAGACCUGGCCUGAGGUGGCAUCAGCUGCACCUGAGGCAGUUUUAUCCCCCUGGUCAUAGACUGGAAAUGUUCCAUGGGAGCUUACAAGACCCACUCAGACAAAGGGACACCUUGGCUUCAAGAUGGCACCAAGUUGUCAGGAGAAGUCUUCAAGAUUUAGAACUCUCUUCAGCCAGCACCUGAUUAUUAUCUGACUUGAGAAAAUCUCUCUGUUUGUGACAACUGUUUUUACUCCUAAAGGCAUUUAGUAAAAUCCUUUUUAGAAGGC